UAUUAACAUGCCGCUUAUGUUGGAUUAUUACGCAGUCCUGAAGCCAGUCAACGAGUACAACAUUGUGGACAAGAUUAAGGAGGCUAACAAGCAGCUCUUUGCGCUGGACGACGAGCAGAAUGAGGGUGAUGGCGAUGGUGUGGAGGCCAGUGAUAAUCCAAAUGGCAGCAAUCGCAAGGUGACCUUUGCACUCAAUCUGGAGGAUUACGAGCCGACAGCACAGCAACUCAAUAUGGAACAGCGGCGCGAGGAGGAGGAACCACUAACUCCGCCAGAAGAGUUGCUGCUACAGUUGGCACAGUUAAAGCUCAAACCAAUUGCAGAGGAGCCCGCCAAAGAGCAACAGAAAGCAGAAGAGGAACCAAUGGAGGUGUUGAGUAAGGAAUUGGUUAUGGAGGAGGAGGAGGACAUAUGCGAGGAGAUCUUAGAUCUGAGCGAAAUGGAAAACAGGAAAGAGUUGCAACCAGCAAUAGAAGCAGCCACUCUACCCGCAAGCAUGGACUAUGAGGAUGAUGAUUUCUCCGGUGUGGAUGAGGAUGAUCUCACGGCAGCAAGUGAAACGAUGGCGACUGCCACUCAACAGCGUCGCAUUGCUCGCCAGAACACCUUUGAUCUGAACAGCGAGCAGCUGGAGGGUGAAUCGGAUCAGAGGAGUCUCACCAACCUGCUCACCGAAUCCGACUGCGAGGAGGACGAGCGUGCCGUGAAUGAAGCGAGGCUCAAAUUGCGGCAGGCCUACAAGAGUCUAUAUAAAACAUUGGAUGCCAAUGGUCAGGCGCAGAUUAAUAGACUAACUGCAACCGAUAGCCAAAAUGGUCAGGACGAGGCUGAAGAGGAUGAUUUGUCCAUCAUUGUGGCUAGCUAUAUACCCGAUGACUUUGAGCUGGAUGAGCGCAGCAUUUACUACAAAAAGGAUGUGGCCGAGGAGCAGAAGCAGAGGACCUCACCUAACGGCAACAACAACAACAACAGUACUGGCAGCAGCAACUGCACCAGCACCAAGACUUUCUUUAAUGCCCGCCGCUUUAGUUUUCGGCGACGUGCUCGAUCCACUCCUAGUGCGCCCGUCCAAUCUGUGCCGGAGAUCAAAAUGAACUACAAGAUCUGCUGCGAGCAUCGGCAUGCGCUGCAGGACAAACUGCCCCGCUAUACCGGUUACAUGUCCGAGUACGGGCUGAGUGCUCGACAGUUGCAGCAACGGGAGCAGCAGCUGCGCCGCAAGCAUAGCUACUCCAUGGAACAGACGCUGAAUCGCAACGAGCAAGAGAUGAGGAAGAUGCAGGAUAAUGAGCGAGCAUUCACCACCUGGCUGAAGAACAAGAUGCGCUAUCCCAUCAACAAGACGCGCAACAUGUUCGAUGCGACGCGAAGGCGGGCAAGUGUUGCCGCCGCCACCAGUCCCAAUCCUGACCAGCAACAGCAACAUCAGCAGCAGCAUCAUCAUCACCGUUCGAGCUCGAGACGUCGGGAUAGCCACGAGGUGCACGCGUAUCGCCAUUUGUUGGGCAGCUGGAACAAGUAGCCACAACAAGCAAUGAUCUCUUAGAACGUUAGUUUAUUACACACACAAAUACAUAUAUAUAUAUAUAUAUACUCGUUUUAUA